AUGCUUCAGAUCUGACGAACUAUAGGCCUAUCUCACUCGCCACUGUAAUAGCCAAAGUACUGGACAGUCUGCUUGACAAACAUUUGGGAGCGCAUAUUGACUUGCACGAUAACCAAUUUGGCUUUAGACCUGGCCUGUCUACCGAAAACGCGAUCCUAUGUCUCAAGCAAACUGUGCAGUAUUAUACAAAGAGGAAGACACCAGUUUUUGCCUGUUUCCUGGACUACUCAAAAGCGUUUGAUUCCAUCGCAUAUGAUGUACUCUGGGAAAAGAUGGCUAACGACACUACGCUGCCUCGGGAUGUUAUAUCAAUAUUUAAAUAUUGGUAUAGUAACCAGAGGAAUAGUGUGAGGUGGGCUGGCGUGCACUCGGACGUAUAUAGGUUGGAAUGCGGGGUGAGGCAGGGGGGAAUGAGCUCACCGAAGCUGUUCAACCUGUAUAUGAACCGACUGAUUGGGGAGCUCAACAGCACCAACAUAGGUUGUCACAUAGACGGGGUGUGUAUUAACAACAUUGGAUACGCCGACGAUAUGGUGCUGUUGAGCCCUUCGAUCGGUGCACUGCAGAGGCUGAUAAACAUCUGCGAGACGUAUGCGGAAUCUCAUGGGCUCAGAUAUAAUGCCCGCAAAAGUGAAUUUUUAAUUUUCAAGUCUGGGGCUAAAACUUAUACCACUACGCCAGUACGGGUGUGUGGCACAGAAUUGAACAAAGUGGAUAAGUUUAAGUAUCUGGGCCAUUGGAUAACCGAUACGUUAAGUGAUAACUUGGAUAUUGAGCGCGAGCGCAGAGCGAUGGCUGUGCGCUGUAAUAUGUUAGCCCGCAGAUUCGCGCGUUGUAGCAAGGAUGUUAAGGUGACACUUUUUAAAGCUUACUGUCAGUCCUUCUACACGUGCAGUCUGUGGGCGGACUAUACGCAGCGCGCAUACAGCGCUUUGCGCGUUCAAUACAAUGACGCGUUCAGAAUAUUGUUUGGGCUGCCGCGUUUUUGCAGCGCGUCUAAAAUGUUUGCCGACGCCAAUACUGAUUGCUUCUAUGCAAUUAUUAGAAAGCGAUGUGCGGCUCUUUUAAUGCGACUACGUUCCAGCUCAAAUAAUAUUAUCCGUGUCCUAACCGACCGAUGGGACUCCCCAUUACUGUCUCACUGGAUUCGUCUUCACACCACGGUGGAUGUACAAAUACCGGUGACCAGGGGGUGGGAUCCUAGCUGGUAGGACGUACUGUUUUGUGUCUUAUGUGUGAUAUUUUUGGAUAAGUACUGUUUUCUGUUACUAACACUAGUUUUAAGUUACUUUGUAAAUUACUAACAAUAUAUGGAUUACGUCCGAAAUAAACAUUUAUUUAUUUA